AUGAUGCGUGUUAAAACUUGUAUUUGGUUAACUUUAUUUAUUUUUAUUUUUUCUAUUGUUGUUAUUUAUAUAUCCCGUGGGACUAAUACUAAAGUUGAAAUGGGUUCUAUAUUAUCUUCAUCGGAUUCACCAUCAUCAUCAUCAGAUUUAUCUGUUGCUGAUCAUAUUCAACAAUUAAUUAAGAAAUACCCAGUUAUGGUUUUUUCGAAAUCAUAUUGUCCUUAUUCAACAAAAGCUAAAAGUAUUUUAUCAAGAUAUAAAUUAGGGAAUAAUUAUCAUGUUCUUGAACUUGAUCAGUUACCAUCAAAAGCAGAUGCUUAUCAAGAUGAACUUGGAAAAUUAACAGGUGCAAGAAGUGUACCACGAGUAUUUAUUGGAGGAAAAUUUAUUGGUGGUGGAGAUGAUACAAGUGCAUUAGAAAAACGAGGUGAAUUGGUAAAAUUAUUAAAACAAGCUAAUGCUAUUGUUGAUUAA